UAUCCUGGAAACCCCACCCCUUCUGUUCCUCCUAAAAUGUUUGAGGAAAAAGUAAAGUAACCAGUGGCCAGUGGUGUGCAUGAUCUGUACUCGAAUCAUCUCUCCGUACAGGUAGAGGCGAUCCGGACCACCCUAAUUACUCAUCCAGACUUCCCUUCCAUAAGUAUGGCCUUUUGGUAGUGUAGAUCAUUGCUGAGUCACACAAGGAAGGGGCAACGAUGGAACUGCAAAUGAAACCAGGGCCGCAACACCGACGGGAACAGCAACUGCAACUGCCGGAGCAGCCCCAGCAACAAAAGCCCUCCUCUUUUUCCCAGUCAAUACCAGUCAAUGGUGUCAAAGUAACGGAGGAGGAGUGGGUGAUCUCGAUUCGGGAGACGCUUGAACAAGCCCAUCUCGCUUCUUCAAGGUCGAAGCUCUGCAUUUACAGAGUCCCCGAAUGCCUCCGAGAGAACGACGACAAGGCCUUCAUCCCCCAAGUCGUCUCCCUGGGUCCUUACCAUCACAAACGCAACGAGAGCCUCCGCGACAUGGAAGAGCACAAACUGCGCUCCCUCAAUCGGAUUCUCAAGCGAACCAGUCAAGAUGUCAAGCUCUACCUUGAUUCCAUCAGUGAGGUCGAAGUCCAAGCUCGCAACUGCUACGUAGGUCCAAUCUCUCACACCAGCCACGAGUUCGUAUAUAUCAUGGUUCUCGAUGGUUGCUUCAUGCUCGAGAUCUUCCAAGGUGCUAUGGAUGGCUUCGAGCAACUGGGCUACCAACGGAAUGACCCAAUCUUCGCAUGGCACAGCGUUAUGCACUCCAUCCGCCAGGAUAUGGUUAUGCUCGAGAACCAGAUCCCACUCUUCAUCCUCGAUCGCCUCCUCGAACUCCAGUUUGGUGUCAAUGGAAGACCAGGCGAGAGACCCCAAGCAGCCCAGCUCGCACUCAGGUUCCUCGACUUCCUCGACUCUCUCAUGUCGACGGACGAGACAUUGCGGAAUAGAUAUUGGAAGAAGCGGACCAAAUACGCAAACGCAGACCUCGACGGCCUCCAUUGCCUCGACUUAUUACGCAGAAAGCCCAAGGACUUGCCUACGAAUUGGAUGAGAUGGAAGCCGAAGCCGUUGGAUGCGAUGAAUAAGCCGCAGCAGCGGCAGCGGCAGCAACUGGUCCGCUGCGCAACAGAGUUGAGGGUGGCAGGGGUGAAGUUCAGGAAGAGGAAUACAGAGCGAUUCUGGGAGGUGAAGUUCAAAAAUGGAACCCUUUGCAUCCCAAGGCUGUUGGUCCAUGAUGGGACCAAAUCGCUCUUACUGAACAUGAAAGCUUACGAGCAGUGUCACAUCGAUUGUGGUAACGAAGUCACUUCUUACUUGAUCUUGAUGGACAAUCUGAUAAACUCGGCUGAAGACGUGAAGUACCUCCAUAGACAAAAGAUCCUGGAGCACUGGUUGGGUAGUAAUGAGGAAGUAGCUAAGUUCUUCAACAGCUUGUGUCGACAGGUAGCGUUCGAUUUCCAGGACAGUUAUAUCUCUAAGAUGUCAGCGGACGUGAACAAUUACUGCGAUAGGAGGAGGAACGAAUGGCUGGCUAUCUUUAGGCAGAACCAUUGCAGGAACCCAUGGACCAUCAUCUCACUUUUUGCUGGGGUCGUCUUCUUGUUACUCACAUCCGUGCAGACCUUUUACACCGUCUAUGGCCACUAUCGGCCCAGUUAGUUGAGCGUCGCGGAAUUGGGGGUUCACAGUUGGGAUUUGGCAGAAGUGAUCCAUCGUUUCCACUAGAAGUCGUAAAAAUUCAUUAUAUAUAAUGUUAACUAAAUGGGUUCUUUCAUUUUGGGGGACUAAGUGCUUAUCGAUUGUGCCAGGACCUGCAGGUUCAGGUGUGGUGUUUCGCAAUUGGUGUUUUUCUGUUGGGUCUUUCAGUUUAUCUUGGUAGAACCUUUUCUAUUGUGGUUGAAGCCAUGGCUGCCCGAUGGGCAUUAUAUGUAGCUGCUGUCAAGGGCUUCCAACAGGUGGAAGGUGAUAAUCUUCUUCUCAUUCAAAUUUUAUCUAGUGAAGUGACUACUGUGUCGUGGCGCAUCAAACCUAUGAUCGAGGAUUGUGUAGAUGAUAAGCUUGCUGCCUUUUCAGUGAAUCACUCUUGUUCUGUAUUGUUGGGAUUCUUCCCCUCCCCCUUCUUGUUGUCCCUUUUGUCUUUUGACUAUCGUGGAUGUCCUAUUCCACACUGUACAUGCUGCAAAUUCUUCUCCUGAUUAAUGAUAGUUGUUUUAUUAAAAAAAAAAAAAAAAAAAAAACUCCCCAUCUCAGGACUUUGUUUUCAUCCAGACUAUCCUCUCCUCACAAUGUUUAUCUUUACUUCCCCAGUUGAAAUCUUAGAAUUUCCUCUCAUUUACAAGUGUAUAUUCUGGCACCUCUGCUCUACCCACACCAUCACCCUUAAUUUUUCCCUUCUUACCCUUCAUUGGUUUUUAGGUCGAUGGACAAAUCCUUUUCACUACCAUCAUCCUCUGUUCACUACUUGACCGUUUAGAUAAGGCUUGGGAUCUCCAUCAAUCUAGUCACCUCACUGAUCUUCGAAUUGAGCGCCUCCUUGAUGUGCACAACGACUAACUUAUUGAUCAUGCUACCUUUUAUCCAGCUAACAACACUGAUAGUUCGGAUACCAACUACCAUUAUCUUCUCGUAAGACAUGUGCUUUAUCAAAAAAUCAAAGUGUGCUUUAAUAAUGUGCUUGUGUUGUAAUAAUGUAAUGAUGAUUGUACUACUUACUUUUAUGUGUCUGUUUGUACUAUGUUGUAUUAUUUACUUUUAUGUGUUUUAGCCUAAUAAUAUACCAAGAUCACCGUAGAAAGUA